CGACAUCAGUAGGACGCGAACACCGGUCGCUCUUAUUGAUUCGCUUAUAUUUAUCACGCUUUUAUAUUCUGUGUUGUUAUUGAUUGACUUUCAAAGAAUUAACAAUCUAGAUUUAGUCCGACAGUCGAGAGACUCAACAAUGCUUAUAUAUGUGUUUGGAAACCACACACUUUUCAUGUCUCCUGUCCAGUCACACUUUCCUCACUGGUUGCAGUCUUUACUUAAUACUCAUACCUGUAAUCUAGACUUAAAUUAUUCUAGUAGGUCACCUGUCGCAUUACCUACGGGAGGUAACUCGUGUAUACAUACCUGCUCAGGUGAGCGAAACGAGGAAGUGUUUAUGACUUCAGUAUUUACGUUGAUCCCCCUGUGAACUGAGAAAUGGGGCAGUGACGGGAACAUUAAUGGCGUCUCAGUGUACGAGCGGUGUGUCGGGGGUGGUGACGUACCCCCUACAGGAGUUCGUUCAGCUUGUGGACCUGCCCAGUACGGUGGCGGUCACCUCGGGUACGUACUCUAGGCACAUACGAAUAUCCAGGGGAGACGUCCUGCUCGUUAGAUCUCACGUCCCCGCGACUCUCACUCUGUCCUUCCACAACGCCGACAGCGGCGGCAUGAAGGCCACGGAGAUCGCCAUAGACUCUAACGUCAAGUUCAUGGUUCUGCCGCCCAAACCCAAAUCGCUGGACGGCCAGUAUCAGAAAACUGUGUACGAAACAGUGGCUGACCUCGUUGAGGACUGCCCCACAUACUUCCGCGCGAAUGUCGACUAUGAUGAUCCCUACUUGCCGGGAUUUUCUGUCAAGUCGGGGGACACGUUCAGAUUUGUCAGGAUUAUUCACGAUUCCAGGGACGGACAUCUUCGUCUGGAGUGCAUGGACACGUCCGGGAAUCAGGUCCGGCUUUCCGCUGAUUGUAAAGGCUUGUUUACCACUGUGCCCGAUAGUCGAGCUUACACGGUGCGAGAACUUAUCAACCAGGCCCGGGUGGCCAGGCGGUUGAAACUGUCCAGUGAAAACAUACAGCUCAGAGCUGUCCCGCUCGACAUAAAGUCAUCACCCAUAACUGACAGAAGUCGUGCAGUGGAGCCAGAACUCGACUCUGAUGUCACAACACGUCGUGUUGCGAUUCCUGAACUGCCUCUGACUUUCAAAGGCGUCAUACACCUGCACAAACCCCCAGAGGUGAUCGAGGUUUCGCCGUGGGGUGACCUGGACGUGCGCUGGAAAAUACCUCUAGAUACUGACCUGCACGUGAGACUGUUCUCCCAGGAGGAUUACGCCGACCCCGUGGGUGAGGACAAAAUCGUCUCCAAUCAGCUGAGUGAGUUUGUCGAGCAGUACGAGUAUGAAUUUCCCGUCCUAGCCACUCUGCUCAAGCAUGGCGUCAUCCAUCCCGAUCUAACUAACAAUCUGAAAAAUGUGUCGGACAUCAUAGUUCACAACGUGAAAACGUCACAGAAACUUUUAUGUCUUGAUCACAGAAAGAAAUACUUUCUCAUAGAUGGUAAUGUUAAAACAACUUUUCUAGAAGAUCCAAGAACAUUUGAAAACAUUAAGGAAUUGUUAGAAUGUCCUAUGGGGACGUGUGUCAAGGUGUUAGAAGAUAUCUACACAGACUAUCCCAAACCAGUGUGUUUAAAGUGUGGUGACUAUAUAGUAUUAUCGGCACAGAAACCAAAGUCUCUGAAGAAAAGAUGGAGGAAAAGUGCCAUGGAUCAAUGCGAAGUGAUCCGUUGUCAAAAACUAGGUCGCAAUGGUGAGUCGGUGAAAGUGUCACUUCCGCUUGACCUAGAUAUCAAAAUGGAGGAGUUGUUAGACUUCAACAAAAACAGACCUAUCACCAUGGACCAGAUGCUUUCUCUCCAGGUUCCAUUACCAACGAGGAGAGUGUCGGUAGUCAACAGGCAGGGGGCGGAACAACUGCCUGUUCCCAAAACAUUCAAGAUGGUGGCUAUAGUAUCGGAGGAAAUCAUAACAUUGUCUCCACUGAGAUAUGCGGAGGCUAGCGCCAUCAGUCCUGUUCUCAAGACGUGUAUUGAGAUUCCCAUCAGACACCAUUUCUUGCUGGCCUAUGGACGCAGGCUGGAUUUCCCUCAAGGUUACUUCGUCUUCCCCAAGCCGACCCAUUCCGUGUUCAUCCGAGUGGAAAAGAUUCGCACGCGCGUUGCUCAGCAACUGGAAAGUGCCAUAAGUAACGACUACGAAGAUAUCGACUACGGCGAGAUGGACACCACUGUAGGUGAUGGGUUUGACGUGGCGGACGAGGACGACGUGCGCGGGGCAGAUCACUACACAUCUAACAUGAAGUCGAGCAGGUCUGAAGGAGCAUUGGUUGGAAUUCAGUGUAGAAGGGAAAAAACUGCAACAGCCAGUCCAAUACAGAGACUGAGUAAAGUGUUGAGUUCGAUGAGGAAGAAGCGGAACCGGACUAAACCGGCGAGUUGUACGGAGCUGUCCGACAAGAAGAGUCCAGUUGAAGUUAACGAGUAUCACACCCCGCCGGCGAGUCCUGGAGCAACCAGUGUACAAGAUGAUCCAUAUGAACAGAUCAACAUCCAGUUGGGACUAGUCCCGAGUCUGAACGCAGCUGUGACUCACGCCGCAAGUUCCGCCUCAUCUUCAGAGCCACCGCCUGUCAACAUCCACCAGGACCAGGAACACAAACUUCCACGGACAACUUCCGUAUGAUAACAGUUCAACAUCGGCACGAUAACGUCACUGACCCCAUUAGUCUAUACCAGUUCAGUAUGGUGACCGGUGUCCUGCAAUUCUAUAACAGUUUAGUAUAGUGACAGGUGUCCUGUAAUUUCAGUAUGCAACAAUUUUAAAUUGUAUUUUGCACGAUGCAUAAUUUUAUGGGCAUUUAAAACUUUUGUUUUAAGCGUUGCGAGUUCUAUGAUAUAUAGCAAACAAUAAUACACAAGAUACAGAGACCAGUUCAAGCCCAUAGGAACAAUACCUGACAUGAUGUGGUGUGUAUGUGGUGCGCCUGUAUACGGUACAAGUUAUGAACCGCGGGCGAGGUGAAUAAGCAUAUUUUAAACGUGUACAUCAUUAUUAUGGUAAAACAAAAAUGUAAAUGUUUUGGGUUGAAAUGAAUGCGCCUUUAUGCACAUAUAUGUAUAUGUACUGAUGUAUGACUAUAUAUUGUAUGUCUGUCGGGUUUGACUAUUGCAUACAUAGAUAUUAAUGCACUGGCGCAGGGGACAAUUAAAUCUUUUCUGGCCUCACAAAUUGUCUCAUGCCGUUGCUGGGACUCGAAUUUGUGGCACCGAAUCACCCGCAACUUGCCACGAUACUUUCUGAGCUAUGUAUGUAUGUAUUCACGUAUGAAUAUCUAUAUAUUGAUUGUAUGUAUGUAUGUAUGUAUGUAUAUGUAAAAAUGCAUGGGGCGAUGUUAGUACCGAUAUUGACAGGUACCCUUUCUAAAAUAUGGCGAGUGACGAAAUAGCCAUGUUUGAUCAUUUAGUUGAAUUUAACCUUCAUUUACAUACCCCUCAAAUUGAGACCCCAUAAAAAUUUAAUUUUUGCUAGGAAAAUGAAGUGAGAAUAGUGUAUAGCUGAAUAUCGGCAUUAAAAGCAGUCCUCUUCAGUGGAUAUGUAGCUAUACACAGUAACUAUUGCUCAAGUCCAUUUAAAGAGACUCCUCACAAUGGCUGCUGUAGGGGGCGGGAUUUAGCUCAGUCGGUUGAGUGCUCGCUUGAGGUGCUUGUGUCGCAGAAUCGAACCACCUCGGUGAAUCCAUUCAGACGAAUUUUUGUUUUUUUUUCUCUCGUUCAAACAAG